AUGCGUGUCACUCAUUAUGAUAGUCGGGCCUUUGUGUUUGUUGUGGAGGAGCUAGAGUCGUUCGAGGGAUGGUCGCAAGGUUCCUUCCGUGUCCGACUAUCGGAAGGUACGUAUGAUUGUGGCUUAUUCCAGUCUCUCCACUAUCCGUGCCGCCACGCACUUGCCGGGUGCGCCACCGUUAGCAUUGAGUGGGCCCCAUAUGUGCAUCCAAUCUACAUACAGGAAGCUGUGUUCAAGGUGUACGAGAUGGAGUUUCCACCUAUCCCUGAUGAGUUGCUGUGGGCGGAGUGGCAUGGGACGAUGCUGUGUUCUAACCCAGUCAUGUGUUGGAAGGCGACUGGAAGGCCCGUGUCCACUAGAUUCCGGAAUGAUAUGGAUGAGGUCGAGCAACAUGAGAAGUGGUGUGACCUCUGUAGGCAAGUCGGUCAUUCAAGAAGGGGAUAUCCUAAUCAACCGACGGGAGAUGCCUAG